AAUGUACUCAUGACGGAUCUAUCAUGCAUAUUCUUAAAUACGAGAAGUACGGAUGGGAUAAAUUUGAAAAGAAUUUUUUAAACUCUGAUCGAAUAAAUAGUCUCUGGGAUCUUCAACGAAAUCUUUUAAAAAAUGGAUGGACAUUGUUAAAGCCUGGUGGAAUUCUUGUAUAUAGCACAUGUAGUCUUUCUCAUAAACAAAAUGAAGAUGUUAUCGGAUGGUUUCUUUCUCAUUACCCUAAUUCCAAAUUAGAACCGAUCCCAAAUAUAAACCAUAUGACGGUAGCACCUUUAAAAGAGAGUAUAUAUUCACAGGUUGACAUAUCGAACGCUGUUAGGUUUGAUCCGAUUUAUUCUAAUACUUCUGGUUUCUUUGUAGCUAGAAUUAGAAAAAAAUUAUCGCAUGAAAAUUAA